AUGACGUCCAUCGUAACGAAGCUCGUCCUGCGGAAGCUCUUCAAAGAGAACAAGGACAACAAGCAAGGAAUCGAGGAUCCGUACUUUGAAACCGUCCCCGCAACCCGCCUCGGCUUCAAGUCCACCAAAAAGCUCCCCAAAGCGCACCCGCCGGGCCUCACCGAAAAGGAAUCUCAAGUCCUCACCAAAGCCAAACGACGUGCCUACCGCCUCGAUCUCAGCUUAGGCUCCUUCUUCGGCGUCCGCGUUGGCUGGUCCGCCGUCAUCGGUCUGAUCCCAGCCAUCGGUGAUGUCUUCGACAUGCUCUUGUGCCUGAUGGUCUACCGCACGAUCUGCUCUGUGGGUGAUCUGCCCAGCAACCUCAAGAUGCGCAUGCAGUUCAACAUCGUGGUUGACUUCCUGAUCGGUAUUAUCCCGUUCGUGGGUGAUAUCGCGGAUGCAGCAUACAAAUGCAACACCAAGAACGUCAUCCUCUUCGAGGACGAGUUGCGCAGACGCGGCAAGAAGCGCCUAAAGGGCACCGCGCAGGAGAAUAUGCCGGAUCCGAGUCUGGGUGAUACCUUCGACUAUCAGGCUGAGGAGGAAGCGAGGACGAGAAAUGGUGGCGCGCCGCCGAGAUACACGAGCCGGAGGGAUAGGAGGCGAAAUGAGAGUUUCGAUGAUCUGGAGAGCCAGACUCAGGGGACAGUGUAUUCCGACCCGAAUGCACCACUUCCGCCACAGGCUGCGAGGACCAAUGACAGGCGGGAUAGGCGCGGUCGCUGA